AUGAAGAAAUCGUCCAAAAAGCGGAAACGCUCUUCUUCAUCCUCUUCUCCCAAAAAGGUUCCACCAGAAAUAGUGGCACAAUUGAGUGAAAUCUGGGAGAAGAAGAUCAAGAAGAAAAACAAGAAAAACAAGAAUGUCCUCCCCACGAGUGCGCUAGUGAUCAUAAUGACGGAAGAUCUGGAAUUAGAUCUCGACGAGCGUGAAAUUUCAGGGUUCGUAGACAAGGAAACUGCGGACAAGGAUACUUUUAUUCGAUUCGCCGGUCCUAGGCUAUUUCAACGGCAGCAGGCCAUGAGGGCCUUUGAUUUAUUUGAUGAGCAUGGCAAAGGAGUGGUGAUUCGAGAAGAUGUGGAACGGGUUGCAGCUUCGUUGGGAGAAUCAUUGGAUGAGACAGAAGUGGAUGAAAUGGUCAACUUGAUAGACACAUCAGGAGAAGGAUUGCUGGAUCCGUCCGCUUUUGUACGGCUGGCUAAAUCGGUGGGGCUGUAG